AUGAGUGAUAGUCAGGAAGGAACGGAUAAAGAGCAUGCACCUGUCCAGGACGUGGAGAUGAAUGACGCAGGAGAACAGCAAAAUCUCCCUGAAGCUCAAGCUGCAGAGGAGUCUAAUGCAAGAAACGAGGCACAUCAAGACGAAUCACCAAAAGACCAAACACAAGAGACAACCACUAUAGAGCAACCUCAAUCGGAAGCCCCAUCAUCCUCGAAAGAGUCUGCUAGCCCAGAGAUAAUAUCUGUUCAGUCUGAGACAGCGCCUGAUGAGACCUCCAAGUCAGACAUUCAAGUCGAGGAUGUGUCCAAUGCAGCCCCAAAUCUUCCCGAAGUUACCAUUGACCAGCCCACAGAAAUUGAGGAGCCAGAGGCAGGAGAGCAACCUCAAAAAACUCAAGAGCGUGAGGAGGUGGAAGCCGCUUACAUAGAAGGAGAGCCACAAGACCCGAACACUUCGGUAACAAUGAACCCCCCUAGCUCUGCUCAGAACUUCACCACGCCUCUGAAAACCCUACCAGCUCUCAAGGACAUCGAGCCCAUCUCGACGCCAAAGUCGUUUGAUGUGGCUAAGGAUCCCGAUGCUGCUGUGCGAAGCUCUCCUGUUAUUGAACAAAGAUCAACGAACCUAGCCGAGCUUGCGGAACAAGAGGACGUACUCGAUAAUACUGCUAAUGACACAUUCGCAUCGGCGGUAUUGGAAUCGAAUAACAAUGACAACUAUUCGGAUACGCAGGCAAGUUCAAAGCUACACUCCGAUCUAGAGUCAGUAUCAUCAUUCCUUGGCUUAGACCUAGAAUCACUUGGGCAAUUACCAUCUGUUGUUAUUUCUAAACUUGUUAAUAAGACUCAACAGUAUCACGGUCUUCAGUCUGAAUUAUCAUUCUUCAAACUAAACCAGGAGCAGUUUAGUCAAGUUCAACAAAAAAAGUUAGAAACUCUCCAAAAAAAGAUCGAGAAACUCACCGAGACGAACGCCAAUAUUACCCUUGAGAAUGAAGUCCAAUACGACGAAUUAGUGACUUUCAAAGAAACACUCACAACAGUGCGCAACGAGAAUACUGAGCUAUCCGACAAGAUCUAUCAGUCUGAAUUAAAAAAUAGAAACUUGGAGAAUAAGAUCAAUGAAAUCUCAAAAUCGAGAGAAUUGGAGGAUCUUCGACUCAAUGAGGAUUUUGAUAAAGCCAUGAAAUCCAACCUAGAAUUGAGCCAGAAGCUCAGUGAGCUUAAUAAAGAACUUAGUGAGGCUGUCAAUGAAAAGUUCAGCUUCAAGCUUGAGUCGAAUAAAGCUCAGAAUGAGCUCACAUACACAAGGAACCAAAAAGAGUGGUACGAAAAUGAAUUGAAAGACCUCCAAGACAGAUAUACCAAUCUUCUCAAAAAGUAUGACACCGAUACGUUAAGGGAUGCCAACGAAUUGAGCUCACUUUCUUCAAAAACAGAAACCUUGUCCUCUCUCAAGGAGUCACUCCAGGCGCAGCUCAAAGAAGCCGAAAGAAAACUCCAGGAACAGUCUGACAAGGCUUCCCAUCUCGAGAACAAAUUUGAAAUCCAGAGGUCAAAAUUCACCAAAGAGAUCGCAGACAAAGAAGAGUUGGUAGAGCUUCUUAAGGUUCAGUUGAAGGAAAAAGCUGGAAGAAUUCAAACUUUAGAGGCUUAUGGCGAGGACCUCAAGUCAUCAACAGCUGAAUCAAUUUCAAAGUUGGAGAAAGAGAUCUACGAUAAAGAUGAUAAGAUCGCCUUGCUCGAGGAAAAGCUCCGAAGAACGGAGGAAGCAUUAGAUUCAGAGCUACAUAAGGAGACGGAGCUUCCAAAGUUAGGUCCCUCUGCAGAGAUGAUUAUGCAAAAUAAACCGCAGGGAAUUUCUCUCUCUGCUCUUUACACGGAAUUCAAUCAUAUGAAGAAGGAGCUUAUUCUUGCGAAGUCUCAAAAAGAAAAACUUGCUGCUCAACUACAGCAUUUUGUGUCUGAACUUGAGUCAAAGAAACCCGCAAUUGCAUCUUACAGAAAUCAAAUUCAGUUCUACGAGCAGUCUCUCAAAGAUAUGCUUGGCAAGCUCGAAUCUAUCCGGUUGGAUAAGCUCGACGCUGACAAGGAAACCAAUAGACUUAGAAUCAGAUUGAGCAACUACGAGUCUGAGAUGCAGUCAUUGAAACAGUUGUCGAAGGAUCUCGGCAGACAGUUAUGCUACUAUCUUAUACACUCCAAAGUAAGAGACGGUAACGAAAAUCCAUUGACCACUGAGGAAAAGAAGACGAUCGACAUCAUCUUGACAAAGAGUGGUAAUAAGGAAUCAAGAGCUGAGUCUGAUACAGACGAACUUAUUACCGAACGACUUGUUGGGUUUGCAUCUAUCAUUGAAUUGCAACAAAAGAACCAAGAAUUACUCGUUGCAGUCAGGCUGCUUGGUAAGCAACUUGAAGCGAAGGAAGAAGAGAAUGAGGGUCUUGAAUCAGCUGCUGUAGAAGAGGCUAGAGAAGCUAUCUUGACAUUGCAAGGUGAGCUCGAUAGUGUUAAUAUCCGUCUUGAAGCUGUUACAAAAGAAAGAGAUCUUAUUAAAUCGUUGAACGGCUCGAGUCCGGCAGGUGGAUCGGAAAAUGGCACGGUUGAAGUGAAGCUUCUUACGGAGGCUAAUAGUGAACUCAAGAGCAAUAUCAAGGAGCAUGAGCAGAAUUUGAAGACACUUCAGUCAGAAUCCAGUGAGAAGAUAAAGUCGCUCAUGGACAGAUUAGCGUCCGCAAAUGCCUCGUAUGAAGAGAUGCAGACAAAGCUUAGCUCAGCCAAGCAUGAUGCUGCGAUAGUUGAGAAUAGGUUCGAGCACGUCAAGAAGCUUCUCGAUAUAUCGAAUCGCGAGCUUCAAAACACGAGUCGGGAGGUUGCCUUCUGGAAAGAGCAAACGUCCAAGCACGAGUCAAUAUUGGUGACGAAAUCAAACGAGUUCCGUGAUCUCGAGAAGAACUAUGCAGAGAUAAAGGCCUCUGCAGAGAGCUUGAAAGCAGAGAAAGAAGUCUGGGGCAGUAUGCAGAAGAACUUGAGAGAAGAGAUUGAACAGCUUAAGCGUGACAAAGAUCAGCUAAACUCAUUUGUUUCCAAUUUACAAUCCCUUUUUAAAGAGAGAGAACAAUCUAGCAUAGAGUUGUCGAGAAGAUUAUCUGAAAGCAUUGAAAACUACCAUACUUUGCAACAAAAACUUAAUGAGAAAGAUGAAAGAAUCGAAAUAUUGGCGUCGCAAUCUGAAAUGGCAUUGAAGGCUCAGAACAUUAAGCUUGAACAAGUCAACGAGAUCAGCGAAAGGUUGGCUCAAGCAAGACAAAAGAUCAGCGAUAAGGAAUCACUUAUAACGACUUUGCGUGAGCAGCUUGCCAAUGCCUCAAAGAACCGCGUGAGUCGCUCACUUGAAUUAAACUCUACAUCGGACAGUGGACCAAGCAACCCGGAUUAUGACGAUCUCAAGCUCGAGUUGAAGCAAGCAGAAGCACAAGUUACUGAAUUUAGUAACAUUGCAAAAGCUGCUGAGGAUGCCCUUGUAAAAGCUACCGAAUCCUUUGAUUCGUAUAAGGCAUCAGCUGAUGAGAAGAUUGAAACAGCUGAGCGUGAAAAGCAAAGCUUGUCUGAUGAAAUUGCAUCCCAGAAAAAGGAGAUCGAUUCCCUUCAGAAGCAAUUACACGACAACCAAAACGAAUUCCUUAAUGCAGAGCAAGAGUUGAAAUCAAAGCUUCAUGAAUUUUCAUUGAAGGCAUCUUCGUAUGAUGAUCUCAAGAAUGAAUAUCAAGAAAAGUUUAGCUCCUUGACAGAUGACUUAAAGUCUCAAACCGAGAUGUAUGAUGCAUUGGACAAGAAAUUCCAGGACAAGUUUGCAGAGGUCGAAACGUUAAAUGAAGAACUCGUCAAUCAAAAAGAUCUCAACUCCUCGUUGCAUGCGCGAGUGGAAGAACUCACGACGAAGUUGGAAGAGUCUGCCAAGAAGAUGUCGUCUAAGGAAUCUUUAGUUUCGGAAGAACACGUGAAAACCCUUGAGGAACUUCAACAGACAAAAGCAAAGUUGAAUGAUUUACAGUAUCAAUUUGAUCUCACUCUCAAGCAAAUCGAAUUGAGUAAAGCUAGUGCCUCUGGGGAUGAUGACACCACUGAGAAUUGGAAGGAAGUUCUCAACUACUUGCGUCGUGAGAAGGACGUAGCAGACUCGAAGGCGAACCUGUUAAAGGAGGAAAACCAGCGUCUUGAAGGUCAAAUUGAUAUCAUAAACUCUGAAUUGGUCUCUGUUCGCUCGCAAUUGAACAGACUACUGGGCACAAAAGUUCAGUUGGAAGAAACAAGCAAAGAACACGAACGUCUUCUUGAGCAGCUUGAACAAUUGAAUAUCUUAAGAGAAAGUAAUGUUACCCUAAGAAAUGAGAACAAGAGAGCCGUUGAAACUAUAGGGGGCUUACGAAAGGAGAUUGAAACCCUCAGGUCAUCAGCUUCUGCAGCUCAACCAACCACUAAUGCAACAAACGAUGAGACUGCUUCGGCGCUUGAACAAGAAGUUCGUUUAUUGAAGGAAGAAAACGAUAGGUUGAAGAACAGAUUGGAGAAUAACGAGGAGGUCAAGUCACUUUUAGCUAAAUUCGAGGCUCUUAAAAAUGAAUUCAGAACGAAGCUCAUCAAUCAUAGAGACAAAAAUAGGGAAUUAGAGAAGGAGCUUAACGAGUUGAAAGGAAUUCAUGAGAUGACAACUAAGCAACUAGCAGAGCUUCAAUCACAGCAAGGUUCUGCAACGAAUGUCGGCUCGUUGAAGGAGCAAUUGAAUAAAGCGGAGGCUGCAAAGGCCGAAGCGGAUAAAGAAUUUGAAACUGAGAUCCACAAACUUAAAGAGCAGCAUGAAAAUGAGAAGGCGAAACUCAGAUCACAGUUGCAGAGUCAGUUUGACUCUAGACUUGCAAAUGAGCUACUGAAAGCAAAGUCCCUGAUUUCAACCAAUAACGUCUCUGAGGAAGCCAUCAGAGAAAGGGUGGAAAAAGAGCUGAAAGCAAAGGUGGAGGAAGUCACGAAAGAGCUCACCAAAAAGUAUGACAAAGACUUAAAUGCUAAAGUGGAACGGCGUGUACAAGAAAGAAUUGCAGCGGAAGGCUCCAAUCAAGACUCAGAGAAGGUACGCCAACAACUCACUGCGCAGUACGAAGCCAGGAUCAAGCAGCUAAAUGAUGAGUUCGAGAAGCGGUUGGAUGCAGAGAGAAAGAAGAUUGAGGCGUCCGUUGAGACGAAGUAUGAAUUUAAGCUUCGUGUGUUGAACAGAAAGGUCGAGAAGCUCGAGGGUUCAGAGGGAGGAACUGAUGGUGCCGAUAAGUCCGCAAACAUGCAAGGAAGCGGACGAAGCACACCCAUAGCCAGCGGUCCUCACGGAGAGCAGACCUUGAAUGUCAUUCAGCCAGGACCUAGAAACGGCGCUCAACAAGGCCAGACUCAGUCUGUCACUCAGACGCAAGCGAAUCAAGGUCAACAAAAGCCACCCUUCCAUAAUCAAGGAAACACGUAUACACGCAAGCGCACUUUCCCACCAAACACUGGAAAUACAUACAAGCGAAGCAAGGAAGACAAGGAAGAGAAGGAGUAA